GGAGCAGCAGGCAUCGGGCCCCCAGACGGGGCGACAGGCAUCGGGCCCCCAGGCGGAGCAGCGGGCUCCGGGCCCCCAAGAGGGGCAACAGGCAUCGGGCCCCUAGGCGGAGCGGCGGGCGCCGGGCCCACAGGAGGGGCGACAGGCAUCGGGCCCCCAGACGGGGCGACAGGCAUUGGGCCCCCAGGCGGGGCGACAGGCAUCGGGGCCCCCAGGCGGAGCGGCGGGCACCAGACCCCCAGGCGGAGCGACAGGCACCGGGUCACCAGGCACGACAGUGGGCUCCGAGUCAACUGGCAUGACCGCUGGCACUGGGUCAGACAAUGGAUCGUCUGGCUGGACAGCGGGCAUCGGGUCACCAGGCACCAGGCAGUGGGCUCCGAGUCAACUGGCAUGACCGCGGGCACUGGGUCAGACAUUGGAUCGUCUGGCUGGACAGUGGGCAUCGGGUCACCAGGCAUCAGGUCAUUUGGCUCGAUAGCGGGCACCGUGUCAUCUGGCAAGGCAGUGGGCUCCGAGUCAACUGGU